UGAGCAUCACUUUGCGCAUUAUAUGAAAACGUGAAUGUCUGGUGCGUCCGCGAGUACACACGAGUACAUAUGAGUACACCUGGCUUGAUUUCGAGGUAAAUUUUCGUGCAACUAGUAUCAUAUUUCGUCUAGACGUUGUUCCAUUGCGACAAUAUCUUACCGGGUCCUUCAGAAAUUGUUCACUAAGAAUAGCAAUAUUAAAGUGCUGCUAGAGCUGCCUUCUUCAUCAUACGCGGGCUCCUCAAAAGAUUUACUGCAUCCCUUUUGCACUGGAUUUCCUGUUCUGUAUUAUGGAUGUUAUGAAAGAAGCGCAUCGACGUGUGACAUUCUGAUCACGACGAGUUUGCAUCCAUUAACACCACUCGAGGAUUUAACUCAAAGCAAAUGUUAUUUUGAGCUCUCGGGCCACUCACAUCAUAAAAGUUGGAAGAAUCUCAGAAAUUGAACAUUGAACCUUUAAUUUUUUUGACUUUGGCUGCUGACGAAGCAUCGUUCAUCAUCAAUUCUCUUGUGUGUAUUUUGGCAUUGGAGAGAUUUUUCUGGGAACACAAUUAGAUCUCUACUGUGCAUCGUCAGUGGCUUACAUCGUUUGCUGAUAACUUGUUGAUAGACGCUAUGAUUCAAAGGGUAUUGAAAUUGCUGUUUGUCAUGUAUCUUGGCCUUUCUUCUUCGAAAAAACUGGGCGAGUCUCAUGUUGAAUUUAUCGACAAAAUUCAAGCGGAAGCGGUAAAAUCCUCUCCUGAAUACCACAUCGUGUAUCCAUACGUCGUAGACAAUAUGGGUAACUUUAUUUCACACCACAUCCAUCAUCGUUCCAGACGUUCCCUAGACACAUCAGAUAUACAUUAUCAUAUACCAUAUAAGAACAAACGUCUUCAUCUUCAACUGAAACCGAAUGCUGAUUUGAUGGUUUCCGGAUUUGAAAUCGAGUGGGCGUCUGGGAGGAGAAGCCUUGUGAACAGAAAUUGUCAUUUCGUUGGUUCAGUUCGUAACUAUAGUGAAAGCUCAGUGGCAGUUAGCAAUUGUGGUGGAUUGUCAGGCUUGAUCCGUGCUGGUCACGAGGGAGAGUUUUUUAUCGAACCUGUUAUGGGAGUGAACCCGAGUCAUGUUGACGGCAAGCAUGCGCACGUGAUCUAUCGUAGAUCAAUCGACGAGGGAUUGAAAACGAAUCACAGCGAGCCAGCUUGUGGUGCAAGUGUCAAGGAUACACAAGAUUUCGUGCAUGUUGAAAAAGAAGACAGCUCCGAGAAGAAAGGAUUUUCUGUUAGGCGAAGAAGCAGACGCUCUGUGAGCCUGAUGAAACACGUCGAGUUGCUCGUUGUUGCUGAUUAUUCCAUGACAAAGUAUUACAGUGAUAGAGACUUGGAAAGCUAUCUUUUUACUGUAAUGAACAUGUUAUCAAUGGUGUUUAAGCAUAGAAGUGUUGGUUCUGCUAUUCACGUUGUGUUGGUCAGAAUGAUUAUCCUUGACAGAGAAGACAAGAAUGGAUUCAAUGUCACGAAUCAUGCGACGAAGACGCUUUUUGAAUUCUGCCGUUGGGUCCAAAAGAACAACCCGUCAUCUGAUAUGGAUCCCAAUCAUGCUGACGCAGCAGUUCUUAUCACAAGAAAAGAUAUUUGUCGGGAUUCUUAUCGACCUUGCGAGACCUUAGGUAUUACAAAAAUAGACGGUAUGUGUUCAUCUGGUGAUGAGUGUAGUUACAUUGAAGAUACUGGCUAUACAUUGGCAUACACCAUUGCUCAUGAACUGGGACACAAUCUUGGCGUCCUUCAUGAUGAUGACUAUAGUGGUUGUUCUCGUCUUCGAGAACACAUUAUGGCGAGCAAUCUUGUUAUCAAUCCUAAAAAAAAACUCUGGUCAAAAUGUAGCAAAAAAGCUUUGAGAUCGUUCUUUUACAAAGGUUGGGGCUGGUGUCUCAAUGAUCGGCCUUUCACAGAUCUCCAGCCCGAUCUUUAUCGUCAAAUCCUGCCUGGCGAGAUCUUUGAUGCGGACGCUCAAUGUAAGAUGUUGUUUGGUUCCAAGUCCACAAUAUGCAGCGGGUCUGAGACUGAACUCUGUUCGACUCUGUGGUGUGUUCACGACGGUGGUUGUGCUACAAAGCACUUUAAUGGCAAUAGUAGGGGAUCUCCUGCUCUAGAUGGAACGCCUUGUGGUAAGACAAAGUUCCAAUGGUGUUUGAACUCGAAGUGUGUAGAUAGAGGGAUUUUGAAAGAACGCGUCGACGGUAAUUGGGGUGGCUGGUUACGAUGGAGUAAAUGUUCACGAUCUUGUGGUCUUGGUGUUCGAAGAAGAAUUCGAAAGUGUAAUGAUCCGAGGCCAAAAAACGGCGGGACUUACUGCGUUGGGGAGUGGGAACAACACAGCACGUGCAACCUGCAAGAUUGUCCUGAAGGUGUUGUUAAUCCCGUCGAAAUUCAGUGCCAAAAAUUUCGAAGUUUUGUCGUUCACGGAAGGACGUACGAAUGGACGGCUCGACAAGACGAAAAAAAUCCCUGUGAGUUGCGAUGUACUCCUGUGGUUGGUGACGGUGUUGUAAUGAUCAGAAAAUUCAUUCAAGGUGUGGAUGGAACUCCGUGCAAUCAUGGAACAAGAAAUAUAUGUGUCCAAGGAAAAUGUGAGCACGUUGGCUGUGAUAAUGUACUUUAUUCAAACGCGCGGGAGGACAAAUGUGGCGUAUGUCGUGGUGAUGGGAGUAGUUGUGAAACGAAACAUGUUUUAUAUGAAAAACCACUUGGAGGAGGCUACACUGAGGUUGCCGUAAUUCCUGCUGGAUCUCGUAACAUCAUAAUACAAGAAAGGAGGGGCUCGUCUAACUUUAUCGCAUUGAGAUCGCCAUCAGGUGAUUACUACUUCAAUGGUAAUUAUAUCAUUCAGUGGAGUAGGGAAUAUGAUGUAGCGGGAGUGACUGGUGAAUACAUACGAAAGCACAACAAAGACACAUUCAAGACAAAAGGACCAAUUAAAGAAGACGUGCAUGUAAUGGUGCUUAAGACCUACGGUGUGAAAAAUCCUGGCAUAAAAGUGCAAUAUGACGUUGUCAGAAAUGGGACCUUUAAACCGAAGAAAUUUCGCUGGAAAUUCGGCCGCUGGUCUCCGUGUCCAGUUUCCUGUGGCUCAGGAAUUCGAACUCGAGAUAAGCUAUGUGUUGAUGAGCAGGAUAAUGCUGUAGAUGAUAGACUUUGUAGACAUUUAAUUCGCUUUGUGAAGAAACGCUGUCGACGUAAGGAAUGCCCACCAAGUUGGUGGAUUGGAGCGUGGCACGAAUGCUCGACAACUUGUGGCGAAGGUGUGAAAAUUCGUCCUGUGAUCUGUACUCGUGUUAUUCGAAAUAUACAAAGAAUUAUCGAUGAUUCGUUCUGUCGCAAGGAAAAACCAAGCGCUACAGGUGUUUGUAGACAGCCUCUUUGCUGGGUUGUACAACCAUGGUCCAAUUGCUCCUCUAUGUGUGGUCCUGGGCGCCAAUAUCGAGCAGUAGAGUGUCCUGGGAAUGAGUCUCGUUGUGACGUUUUAACUAAACCAAUAAACAAUCGCACAUGCUUUGGUGAAGCCUGUUCUCGUUGGCGCGUUGGACCUUGGGGUGAAUGUUCCGCGAGUUGUGGUAAUGGCUCACAGAGUAGAAAUGUGUCAUGUGACGAUCGUGACGAAAGCUUAUGUUUACCUGAAGAAAAGCCAAAGUCUCUGCAAUCGUGUUCUAGCUUCAUGUGCCCGGUUUGGAAGACAGGAGACUGGAGCAACUGUUCUGUGAUCUGUGGAAAAGGUGUUCAAAGUAGAAUCGUGACAUGUGAAGUAAGCCAUGAAAAUUUCACAUGCGAUGAAACACAAAAACCGUCUGUGGAAAAGAUCUGCUUUGAAAAGUGUUCUGGUUGGACUGUGGGUAAAUGGACUGCUUGUUCUGCAUCGUGUGGCAAAGGUGUUAGAAUGAGAAACGUUUCAUGUACUUUCAAAUUUUGUUCGAAUUCCACUCGUCCGAAAACUGAGGAAAAUUGUACAAUGGAAAAGUGCCCUCAAUGGUUACGUAGCAAAUGGUCGGAAUGCUCUGUCAGUUGUGGAAAAGGGUUUCAAUCACGUAACGUUACCUGCAGUGAUCCUGUACACUCGUGUGAUGAAAAAACAAGACCCUUUGGUGUCCAGCCAUGUAACAGGUCGCAAUGCUCGAAAUGGACGGUGGGUAACUGGAGUAAAUGCUCAGUGAGUUGUGGUAUUGGAGUACAGACUCGCAACAUUUCAUGUAACGCAUCUGCAUCUGAAGAAUGUGCGUUAAGCGCACCCAAAAGUGUUAAACCGUGCUACUACCGUCCAUGCAACAUUUGGGAGACUGGAAACUGGACAGAGUGCUCAGAAACAUGUGGUAGAGGUAUUCAGAGGAGAUCAGUAUGGUGUCUAAGCGAUUCCUGUGACAAUGCACAGAAACCAAAUGCGACUAGGCCUUGCAAUAAUGCCAACUGCAUGGUAUGGGUGACAGGAAACUGGGGACCAUGUUCAGGAAGCUGUGGUGAGGGCGUUCAAAAGAGACAAGUGUACUGUAGUGAUGACGAUAAUUCACAGUGUGAUGUUCUCGAGAUGCCUGAGUCAACGCGCGAUUGCUUCGUGUCGCGAUGUGGCUCGUGGAUUGUGUCACGCUGGGGACCAUGCAAUGCAACAUGCGGGCAUGGCUUUUCAAAGCGUAACGCAUCUUGUGUCCACAGUGAUAUCCGGAAAUGCUCCGGUAAACCAACAGUUGAGACACCUUGCAAGGAGACUCCUUGUGGUCAAUGGAGCUCGUUGCAAUGGGGUCCAUGCUCCGUGACUUGUGGACGUGGUCAACAAAGGCGCAUCGUCUCUUGCGAUGGUGGACAAUGUCUAGCUUCCAAAAAGCCACUGUCGUUUAAAGAAUGUAUUAUGCCGAGUUGUGGACAAUGGGUAAUUGGUAAUUGGAGCUCUUGUAGCGUAACAUGUGGUGAAGGUGUUCAAAAACGUGAUGUAAGGUGCAGUGAUGAGGGUGAAAACAACUGCACAAAACCUAAACCGAUCGUAGAGAGAUUUUGCCAAAAGCAGAAGUGUUCUGAUUGGCUUGCGGGAAAUUGGUCUCAAUGCUCAACGACUUGUGGAAAUGGUACACAAACAAGAAACGUGAGCUGUGCUGGUAUUGGUUGCUCUAAUGUCAGCAAACCAGUUACAUACCAAUCGUGUUAUUCUGGCCGAUGUCCUCAGUGGAUAGUGAAAUAUUGGAUACCAUGUACUCGUAGCUGUGGUGGUGGUGUUCAAGUUCGACUUGUGUACUGCCAAAGUAACUCUGGCUCUAGUUGUAAACAUUUGAAGAAGCCAGGAUAUCGAAGAACAUGUAAUAAUUUUCCUUGUCCACACUGGGUGGUUGGCAAUUGGACUGACUGCUCAAGAACUUGUGAAGGUGGAAUACAAAACAGAGUGGUGUCUUGUAACAAUAGUCAUGUAGGUAAUUGCUUGGAGAAGAUUAAACCUAUAAGUAGUCGGCCAUGUGGCAACGUAUUAUGUCCUCAAUGGACAGUUAGCGAAUGGUCUGCAUGCUCAAGUUCUUGUAAUGGUGGCUUCAAAACGAGAUGGGUGUCAUGUAAGAACAACGAAAUCGGAGAGUGUAGUUCUGAAAAGAAACCUGCGUCCACAUUACGUUGUGGAGAGCUUCCCUGUCCCGAAUGGACUGCGACUAAAUGGUCUCGUUGUUCAAAAUCUUGCAAUGGUGGUGUUCGAUAUCGGGAUGUUGUAUGUAACAACAGCCAAGUCGGCGAUUGUCCCCUUGAACACAAACCCCCAGCUCAUCAAAAGUGUGGUAUACUGCCAUGCCCUCAAUGGAAGGUUAGCAAGUGGGGAAAGUGUUCUAAGAGCUGUGGGGGUGGUCAGAAGGCUAGGAUUGUUCUCUGUGCAAAUUCACACGUUGGAAAAUGUGUAAAAGAAAACAAGCCACGUACUGUCAGAAAAUGCAGACAAGUGGCUUGCCCUUUUUGGUACGUUGGCGAAUGGACACGAUGCUCUAAAACAUGCGGAGAUGGAUUUCAAACACGUAAUGUUUCUUGUAGAAAUGACAGGAUCGGACGUUGUUCAUCAACCAACAAACCUAGUAGCUUGCAGAAGUGUGUUAAUCUACCAUGUGCUUAUUGGUCUACUGGUUCAUGGUCCGAAUGUUCCAAGUCUUGUAAUGGCGGAACCCAAAUUAGAGAAGUCAUUUGCAACAACCAUGAUGAUGGUGAGUGUGAAAAAAGUACUAAACCUGUGAGUAAUCGAACGUGUGGCGAUGUCCCAUGUCCCUAUUGGUCAACUGAAUCAUGGUCCAAAUGCUCCAAAACUUGUAAUGGUGGGGUGCAAUUUAGGAAAGUUAAAUGUGUAAAUAUGUCUGGCGAGUGUCGUCUUGACACUAAACCAACUACAAAUCAGACUUGUAGUAAUAUGCCAUGUCCUGUAUGGUCCACCGGAAAUUGGAGCUAUUGCAGUAAGUCUUGUGGAGGAGGCAUUCAAACAAGGAAUGUGACAUGUCAAAACAAGCACGUUGGGAAGUGUCCUGACAAUUUAAAGCCAAUUGUUGUUCAAGAUUGUGGUCUUAAACCAUGUCCUGUUUGGUCUCUUGGCAAUUGGACUAAGUGCUCUAAAUCCUGUGGUGGUGGAUUUCAGACAAGAAGCGUCCAUUGUGUUUAUAAUGAAUUUGGUGAUUGUUCUAUUGAUGAAAAACCAAACAGUAGUCGGUCUUGCGCAGUUGCACCUUGUUCAAAAUGGAGUGCUGGUGAUUGGUCAGAUUGUUCUAAGUCCUGUGGUGGUGGGUUAAAAGUCAGAAACAUCUCGUGUGAAAACAAGGAAUUUGGCGGUUGUUUAGUGAGUGACAAACCUCAAACUACCUCAGAUUGUAACAACAAACCGUGUCCGGAAUGGUCUGCUGGUCAGUGGUCAAAAUGCUCAAAAUCUUGUAAUGGGGGCAUUAAGAUUAGAAAUGUCACUUGUGUGAAUAGUAAGUUUGGUAAUUGCUCAGUAGCAGACAAACCGAUAACAAGCCAAGAGUGCUCAUAUUUACCAUGCCCUGAAUGGUCAACUGGUGAAUGGUCCGAAUGCUCGAAAUCUUGUGAUGGAGGUAUUCAAAGACGUACUGUUAUCUGCAAGAAUAGCCUUGUUGGUAAAUGCUUAGAUGUUCUCAAACCAUCUUUCAGUAGAGCUUGUGGUGAAAUGCCUUGCCCUAAAUGGUCUGUAGGUAAUUGGAGUGAAUGCUCCAAGUCUUGUGGCUCUGGAGAGAGAACUCGUACAGUUAAGUGUUCGGGUAGCUCGAAUCUACAAUGUGAAGAAAAAAAGCCUGUUAACCGUGAAAAUUGUAAUAAUAUAGACUGUCCUGUAUGGAUUGUUGGUAAUUGGAGUGAAUGUUCCAAGUCUUGUGGCUCUGGAGAGAGAACUCGUACAGUUAAGUGUUUGGGUAGUUCGAAUCUACAAUGUGAAGAAAAGAAGCCUGUUAAUCGUGAAGACUGUAAUAAUAUAGACUGUCCUGUAUGGAUUGUUGGUAAUUGGAGUGAAUGUUCCAAGUCUUGUGGCUCUGGAGAGAGAACUCGUACAGUUAAAUGUUCGGGUAGUUCAAGUUUACAAUGUAAAGAAAAGAAGCCUGUUAACCGCGAAGACUGUAAUAAUAUAGACUGUCCUGCAUGGAUUGUAGGUAAUUGGAGUGAAUGUUCCAAGUCUUGUGGCUCCGGAGAGAGAACUCGUACAGUUAAAUGUUCGGGUAGUUCAAGUCAACAAUGUAAAGAAAAGAAGCCUGUUAACCGUGAAGACUGUAAUAAUAUAGACUGUCCUGUAUGGAUUGUAGGUAAUUGGAGUGAAUGUUCCAAGUCUUGUGGCUCUGGAGAGAGAACUCGUACAGUUAAAUGUUCGGGUAGUUCAAGUUUACAAUGUAAAGAAAUGAAGCCUGUUAACCGUGAAGAUUGUAAUAAUAUAGACUGUCCUAUAUGGAUUGUAGGUAAUUGGAGUGAAUGUUCCAAGUCUUGUGGCUCUGGAGAGAGAACUCGUACAGUUAAAUGUUCGGGUAGUUCAAGUUUACAAUGUAAAGAAAAGAAGCCUGUUAACCGUGAAGACUGUAAUAAAAUAGACUGUCCUGUAUGGAUUGUUGGUAAUUGGAGUGAAUGUUCCAAGUCUUGUGGCUCUGGAGAGAGAACUCGUACAGUUAAAUGUUCGGGUAGUUCGAGUUUACAAUGUAAAGAAAAGAAGCCUGUUAACCGUGAAGACUGUAAUAAUAUAGACUGUCCUGUAUGGAUUGUAGGUAAUUGGAGUGAAUGUUCCAAGUCUUGUGGCUCUGGAGAGAGAACUCGUACAGUUAAAUGUUCGGGUAGUUCGAGUUUACAAUGUAAAGAAAAGAAGCCUGUUAACCGUGAAGACUGUAAUAAUAUAGACUGUCCUGUAUGGAUUGUAGGUAAUUGGAGUGAAUGUUCCAAGUCUUGUGGCUCUGGAGAGAGAACUCGUACAGUUAAAUGUUCGGGUAGUUCAAGUCAACAAUGUAAAGAAAAGAAGCCUGUUAACCGUGAAGACUGUAAUAAUAUAGACUGUCCUGUAUGGAUUGUAGGUAAUUGGAGUGAAUGUUCCAAGUCUUGUGGCUCCGGAGAGAGAACUCGUACAGUUAAAUGUUCGGGUAGUUCGAGUUUACAAUGUAAAGAAAAGAAGCCUGUUAACCGUGAAGACUGUAAUAAUAUAGACUGUCCUGUAUGGAUUGUAGGUAAUUGGAGUGAAUGUUCCAAGUCUUGUGGCUCUGGAGAGAGAACUCGUACAGUUAAAUGUUCGGGUAGUUCAAGUUUACAAUGUAAAGAAAUGAAGCCUGUUAACCGUGAAGAUUGUAAUAAUAUAGACUGUCCUAUAUGGAUUGUAGGUAAUUGGAGUGAAUGUUCCAAGUCUUGUGGCUCUGGAGAGAACUCGUACAGUUAAAUGUUCGGGUAGUUCGAGUUUACAAUGUAAAGAAAAGAAGCCUGUUAACCGUGAAGACUGUAAUAAUAUAGACUGUCCUGUAUGGAUUGUAGGUAAUUGGAGUGAAUGUUCCAAGUCUUGUGGCUCUGGAGAGAGAACUCGUACAGUUAAAUGUUCGGGUAGUUCAAGUUUACAAUGUAAAGAAAA